AUGAUACCAGGCUAUGACCCACGAGUCGUCCGGAUGAGCAGAAUACCUCAAAAGGAGAGCUAUGCGAUUCCUGGAACCCAUGAGCGAAGAGCCAUACCAAAGUCGUCGGAAGACGUCUCACCAAGCGGUGCGGAACCCGCGUCUGGACAGCACCGGAUGAAUCUCGACAACAGGCUUGUCACGUCAAUCACGGGAGAUUCUACCGACACAUCGGACUUACCUACAUCCUCGAUCGAAUCGUCAACCCAUUUCGACCCACCCAACGACUCUCACACGUCUUUCGAUAGCACGGAGAGUACGACGGAUCGGACUCCCCGUAUCGAUAUGACCGACGACUUGGAAGAGAGCACAAUCCAGGCCAAGGUCACUCUUGUGGAAUUGACGUCUAUCAGCACAUCUGCCUCCGCAUUUCCCGAAUCGUUUGGUCUUGCAAUCUCUCCAAAAGGCCGUUGGAUCACCGCCUACAACUCCACCUCGCUCUACAUCAUAAGAACCCAAGAUUUACCGCGAAUCGAGGUACGCGCAUUCCAAGUACGACAGAAGCCGUCCGCUGUCGCCAUCACGGACGAAGCGGGAGUAUUCGCAUUGGUCUCCAAACCGCAUCAGGUAGAUGUCUAUAAAUUCGGUGCGGAGACAACGGGAAAGCUAUCGGAAACACUCGGUGGAGUUGCUUCCGGGAUACAGAUCAUUCAUGAUAUCCAAUCGAUUACUCUCGAUCCCAAGGGUAAGAUCUUGGCAGCAGCAUAUGCUACCGGAAUUGAAUUGAUAUCGUUGAAUGGGGGAAACGUUCGACGGACGGUGAACUGCGAUGUCACCCAGAAUAUCGCCUUCUCGAACGAUGGCAGAACCAUCCUUGCCACCGGCCUUGAACGUCGAUAUCGAACAUCGACCAUCAUUUCUGUGGGUGGUGAUUUGGACGGACCGAUUUCUGAGGAUGGUGAUCCCGAGCCAGUCCCGUCACAUCGUGCUUGGAUCACUCAGCUGAUAUUCCCCGAGACGAAGUUACCCGCACGGCAAUCUAGCUUAGUUCCGGAUCGUUCUUCGGGGCAUGUUAGCGAGAUCAUCGCAUUCGAUCCCAACGACCACAGUUGGGGCAUUUUUGAGUUGAGUUCGAAAGAAUUCCUACGACAAAAAAUGUCACCGUCGGACAAUUUACGUUGGAGGAGAGAUCAUGAGACUCUCGAAGACGCUCUUCCAGCUGUUACGCUUGAGCCAUUGACAGUGGCUGUUGCCACCAAGAAACCCGGGUUGAGUGAGGUUAGAGUCUUUCAAUUCGAUCAAAACUGGCGAGACGAGUUCAUAUCAGGACGGGCCAACGAGGAUUUGGGUCAGACCUUCCUGGAUCCCAAAAUUUCUGUGGAAAUCAAUAACGGGGACACCAAUUUUAAGAGCAUCAGCACGUUGAAAUGGUUACAAAAUGAGGACUCCCCGCAAAGUCGACUUGUCGCACUCACCAGCUCGUUUGGCCGCACCGUUCCAGAUGAUGCAAUCGGGUUACCACCUUCCGGAGCGAGGAUCUAUCUCAUUGACCUCGAACCAAGCAAUGACAACAACCAAUCAAAUGAGACAAACAAGUUGACCUUGAAUCUCGAUGAAGUCAUGCCACGUACUUCUCUUGAAUAUGAGGACCUCCCAUGGGACCGCGAGGUGGAUCUGCGACUCCGAACGGACAAGUUCUACGCUCCUCGAGGAAUCGUCGUGGUGUUCUUACUCCCGAACUUCGCGAUCGCGCUCUUCCGCCUCUUCCCGGUGAACGAGAGCGGAUGGGAGGGCGACGCGACCAACGCUCUAUGA